AUGAGUGAGAGCACAGGCGACUCAUCCUGCUUUGCAACUACAAGGAGUUCUUGGGUGAACCACUGUGUCAGCGCACAUACAAAUUGUGCAAAGCGUCCCAUCCGUCCUCUUUCCUCUCCUUCAGAGCACGCCAUCCGACAACCAUUCCAAACCUCACGCCUGAUCUCAGAGUAGUCACCCUCCAGCAGGCCUGAAAUCAUGUCCACCACAUCCGAUAUGGUCUCUUGGCCAGUGAUGCUUUAUGUCUAUGACCUCUCGAAUGGUAUGGCUGCUUCCCUAUCUCAGCAAUUGACAGGUCGCUAUUUUCCAGCCAUCUAUCACACGUCUAUAGUCGUUCAUUCUCGCGAAAUCUUCUUUGGUCAAGGUAUCGAUAUCGCAAGGCCGGGUCAGACACAUCAUGGCGCACCACUGGAGACACACUUGCUGGGAGAGACAUCUGUGGACGAGCAUACGCUGAUGGAAUUGGUGGAUAGCAUGAAGGAACGGUAUUCCGCCCAAGCCUAUCAUCUUCUAAAUUUCAACUGCAACAACUUCUCGGACGAGUUGGCAGAAAUCUUGACGGGGCGAGGAAUUCCGAGUCACAUUACCAGUCUGCCUUCAGACUUCCUGUCCACGCCGUUUGGUCAGAUGAUGGCACCGCAAAUAGACAGCAUGUUCCGCGGACCGGCGCAGCGCUCCUCCUUCCCUCCUUCUCCAGCCAAUCCCACGUCCAACAGCGCCCCACCGUUAGCCCAACAGCUACUACAGAAUGUCGCGAAUCAAGCAACAAGCGAUCAAGCUGCACCUACAUCUGCGUUGACGCAUGUGGGCAGUGCAGAGGGCUUGAGGGAAGUUCAAGGCGUGGAUGACGCUGGGCGGUUGGUUCGGACCAACGAAUGCGCUGUGCUCUACUUCACAAGUGACACAUGUCCACCCUGCGCCUUGGUCAAGCCGGUCAUCGCUCGUGCAGCAGAGCAAUACUCAGCUGCAUCCUCUGAUCCUCGGCAAAUCUCUUUCGGUCUCGUCAAUGCCUCUCGUGCUUCCGGCUCUUCCGUAUUUCAGACGUACGGAGUGAGCGUUACGCCCACCACUCUAUUCUUCCUGAAUGGCAACCGACGAGCAGAAGUCAAGGGAGCGGACGUUAGCGAGGUGCAGAGUCAGACGGAUUUGCUGGCCUUCGAGGUGUGGCAAGCUCAUCCUCACACGCAGAUAAGGAAUUUGGCUCCUUUGCCGGUUCCUGGCUCGCCAAUCCAAUUUAGCACCAAACCAAAGUUGGACGCACUUCUUACCAAGCUGGACUCCUUCGUUUCUGCGAGACUUCUGGAAGAGCUGGCCAGCGACGAAAAGACUACGCUAUCAGCGGCACGGAAGAGCGUCAGAGAGCAAGUUGCUGCUUGGUUAUCCAAGGUUGAAUCAAAGCCUGCUCUGCCGCCAGGUCUGCUCGAGGGCUGGUCCGACGCGCACACCACCUUGCUCGCCCUGCUUCAGCCAGCGCAGAUCUUUCCUCUACUGGAUCUGCUCCGACUAGCGCUGCUCGAUGCCCAAUUUCUCUCCUCACUCAGCCGACCUGCGUCAAGACCUCACGCGGAUCAAUUGCUCGUGCGAACGUUUGAGCGCGUGUCUUCAUUCACACAGGAAGAUAUCGCUUCGCCAAGCGUAAGAGCUACCAUGCUAACCUCGCUAAGACUGCUCUGCAACACAUUAGCAGCGUUGGGGGACGAACCUGCUUUGGCAAGCAUGCUCCUGGACAAUCCAGCAUGCACUAGCCUCACCGCCCUACUCUCUGCUGGCCUUCUUUACGAAACUUCGAGCCCGAAUUCGGACGCAAGCAAAGAAGCGGAUCCCGUGGCUGGCAUGCGAGCGGAUCAAGGCAUUGCGCUAUCUGCCUCUUCUGCCGCCUUUAACUUGUUUUUGAUCCUUUCUCGCACAAACGCCAGAGCAGGCUGGCUCAGAAGAGACGAAAAACCAAUUCCUCACCGUUUCAUCCUCCAUUCCGGGCAGAAUGGAGCGGUAGAGAAAGAGCAGACAGUUGCGAGAGAGUGUGUACUGGAUGGAGAAUGGGAAGGCGAAAUGCUGACGGCGCUUUUGCAUGCUGUGGUCAAGGCUUGCGAAACGUGCGAGGCAGAGAAAGAAGGCAACAGUUCGACUUUGACUGCAUGGGCGGACGUGCUGCACCGACAGAUUUCAGCCCUCCUCUUGCUGUUGCAUAAAUCGCAGCACUGCGUUGAAUCGCUCGACCCGCUGGCGCAAGUGUUGGAGGCAAAAGGUACGAUCAGGCGUGUGGAGAGCUUGGCCAAGGGCUCCAUUGGACGAGCGAAUGUGGACAAGGAAGAGAAGAAGAGGUGGGAGAGCGUACGUGUUGGAUGUGAGAAGUUGGGAUUGAUCCUUUGAAUUGACAUGCGCUCCUGUUCAAAGCGUGGAGA